CUGCCCUACCACUGUGGGGGCGGCCACAGGCCAUUGGUUUGGUGGCGGCCACGGCAGCGUUUGUAUUGGUGUUGGUGGCGGCCAAGGCUGCGUUGGCCCCAUCGGUCGAGUUGGUGUUGGUGUUGGUGUUGGUGUUGGUGGCAGCCACACGGCCACGUUGGUGUUGGUGUUGGUGGCCACGACCGUUGGUGCGGGUGACGGAGGGGGACGACGAGACCGUACCAGAUCCCAUGGCGACGGCGAUGGUAGUGCCGACGGGGGCGACGAAGAGGAUGGCUGGAACGACAGGGGCAAGGAAGAGGAUGGUGUGGCCGACGGGGCCGGUGGCCAGGAGGACGGCGGGCCUGACGAGGCCGGCGAAGAGGACGGCGAGGCAGUGGCGACGGGGGUGCGCGUGGGUUGA